ACGCCCCCCUGAGUCUUGGGCAGCCGUCAGCGCCUUUGCCUUCAACCAGGAGUAAAGGUGGCCGCAGCCUCUUCCGCCGAGGCGUGGUGUCAAGGGUCACGCAAGAUGGCGGCGACCAGAGGCUGCUGAGGCGUGGAGCGGAGGAUGGCGCUGGUGGCGUUGGUGGCUGGGGCUCGGCUGGGGCGGAGGCUGAGCGGGCCGGGGCUGGGGCGAGGGCACUGGACGGCGGCCGGGCGCUCGCGGAGCCGGCGCGAAGCGGCAGAAGCCGAGGCCGAGGUGCCCGUGUUCCAAUACGUGAGCGAGCGCGCUGCCCGCGCCGAUCGCGUCUUCGUGUGGGGCUUCAGCUUCUCCGGGGCGCUGGGCGUGCCCACCUUUGUGGUGCCCAGCUCCGGGCCCGGACCCCGCGCCGGCGCCCGGCCGCGCCGCAGGAUCCAGCCCGUGCCCUAUCGCCUGGAGUUGGACCAAAAGAUUUCGUCUGCUGCUUGUGGCUAUGGAUUCACACUGCUGUCCUCUAAGACCAAAGAUAUUACGAAAGUCUGGGGGAUGGGACUCAACAAAGAUUCUCAGCUUGGAUUUCACAGGAGCCGGAAAGAUAAAACGAGGGGCUAUGAGUAUGUGUUGGAGCCCUCACCCGUCUCCCUGCCUCUGGACAGACCUCAGGAGACACGGGUGCUGCAGGUCUCCUGCGGCCGAGCUCACUCUCUUGUGUUGACUGACAGGGAAGGAGUCUUCAGCAUGGGAAACAAUUCUUAUGGACAAUGUGGAAGAAAGGUGAUCGAAAAUGAAAUUUACAGUGAAAGUCACAGAGUCCACAGAAUGGAGGACUUCGAUGGCCAGGUGGUCCAGGUCGCCUGUGGUCAGGAUCAUAGUCUGUUCCUGACGGAUAAAGGAGAAGUCUAUUCUUGCGGAUGGGGCGCUGAUGGGCAAACAGGUCUGGGUCACUACAAUAUCACCAGCGCGCCCACCAAGCUGGGUGGAGACCUGGCAGGAGUGAACAUUGUCCAAGUUACCACCUACGGUGAUUGCUGCCUGGCCGUGUCCGCCGACGGAGGACUUUUUGGUUGGGGAAACUCGGAGUACCUGCAGCUGGCCUCUGUCACUGACUCCACACAGGUGAACGUGCCCCGGUGCUUACACUUCUCAGGAGUGGGGAAGGUGCGACAGGCUGCAUGCGGUGGCACGGGCUGUGCAGUGUUAAACGGAGAAGGACGUGUUUUUGUCUGGGGCUAUGGAAUUCUUGGGAAAGGCCCAAACCUAGUGGAAAGUGCUGUGCCUGAAAUGAUUCCACCCAGUCUCUUUGGCCUGACGGAGUUCAACCCAGAAAUCCAGGUUUCCCGCAUCCGAUGUGGACUCAGCCACUUUGCUGCACUGACCAACAAAGGAGAGCUGUUUGUAUGGGGCAAGAACAUCCGAGGCUGCCUGGGAAUCGGUCGCCUGGAGGACCAGUAUUUCCCAUGGAGGGUGACGAUGCCUGGGGAACCCAUGGAUGUGGCAUGUGGCGUGGACCACAUGGUGACCUUGGCCAAGUCAUUCAUCUAAACCUCCCUCACCUGCUUGGGCGAUCCUGGCCUGGGAACCACUGGCACUGCUUGGCAGAGGCCAGCGUGUGACCAGCCCCCCAGGGUUCUUGGAUGGUGGUGGCAGAGGACCCUGCGUGCAGUGUGAUGCUGUCUCCUGAAUCCCUUAGCGGGUACCUCCCAGGAGGAUUGGGGUAAGGUCCCUCUCCAGUUGCGGGUGAGGCCUGCGGAACUCAGCACGGGACAGCAGCCUUUGGUGGGCCACUGUGGCCCGCGCGUCUCUGCUCUCUCCAAGUAACAUGCGACGGUGUCUGGUGUCACGUCUCGCCUGAGAAGCCCGUCUUAGGAAAGCUUAGCUUGAAGACAGUGCUCGGGAGGUUUCUCCUCUCUCUGUCAUGGCAGUCUCUUGGUUUGUGUCUGUCCAAGGCCAUGCGUGUGCUUCGGACCGAGCCCCAGCUUAGGCGAGGGAGCCAGGCUGACUUCGGCCCUCGGUUUUCAUUCAAGCCAGUCUGCUUAUGGCCCUUCCUGGCCGCCUGCCACAGCACAAGCUCACUGGGGGGACACCAGAAGCACCAUGGCCUGGGAUUCCAUCUGGAGCUGUCUGCAGGCGCCAGCCCCAGCCUCCCACCACGCUCACUGCCUGGCUUGGAAAAGUUAAGAAUCCCCUCAGGAAGAGAAUCGAGGCCAAGUUCCUGUGGGCCCCGGGCCCCGAGCACAUCCGCCAAGGCUCAGCUGCAGUGCCAGGCGAGAAGGGAGAUCCAGAAAUCGCGAACAACGUUUGAUUUAGUAGCGUGACUUGCCUUUCCCUUUAAAAACAUCUUUUACAAGUCUGUCUUGGAAUAAAGUCUAUUUUCUGUCUUUUGGUUUUUAAGAUCUGA